AUGCUUCAGGGAACACUUGAUAAUGUGGUGGCUUCGUCAGAGGAGCUGCAAGCAGCUUAUAAGAACGUAACUGCAGAUCAGCCGCUUACGUUGCUUCCUUCGAUCUUGAGGAGGGAGAAGACUGCGAGAAAUUUCUUAGACAGCGCCGAAAGGGCCAACCGCGAAAAGCGGGAGAGAGAGAAGUAUGCUGUGCUCCUUAGCGAUCUUAUCCGAGAAGCGGGGCUGCCGGUUGUUUCUGAGAUACGCAGCUUGAGUGAUCCCGAAGCUGCAUACAAGCGUUUGUUUGGUGCAAGGCGCAGCAAGACAUUGAGGAAUCGGUAUCGUUCCUGGAAGCGUUUCUCGCAGUGGCUAGCUGUCACAAAGGGAAGAUCUUGGCCCAGUGGGGCUGCUGAUUUGAUUGACUACGCGGAAGAGCUGUAUCAGGAUGGAUGCGGGAAGACAACACUUGAUUCCUUGCAAGCUGCGCUGGCUGUUUUGGAGACGGCUGGGAAAGUCGUGGAGACUAAAAGGUUGUCUACGGACAUACUCUGGACAUCAGCCUUGAAGAGUAUAAACUCUGACUUGUCCGGUGCGAGGCCGGCUAGGAAGAGUGCGGAGCUGCCUACGGUUGCUACUGUCGUGGCAUUGGACGUCCAGAGAUGUGGUUCAGCGGGUGCAAGGGCUGGUGGCGUCAGCCUUGUCACGGGCGAGCCAAGGCCGUACCUAGAGCAUGAGGCCUUGGAGCGAGUUUCGCAGCUUAUGAACUUGAUUGAUGGUAAAGGAUCACAUGUUCGCAAUUGGCAUGAUGUUUUGCGCAAGUCCAGUGGACCGCCAAGGUUGGGUGGUAAGUGGCCCACGUUUAUCCCUCAGGUUGACGAGGACGAGCGAGAAGGUCCCCAUGAUCCGGUGGCUCAGGGCCGUCAUGAGGGGGAUGAGACUUCGAAGUAUUUCAUUACUGUCUCGAGGAACAGUGGAUUCAGAAGGUUGCAUUUGAAUGGCUUUUGCUAUGUUAAGGCGUACAGGUGUAGCAAUGUCGUCUACACAAACCACUUGAGCUCCGAUCAGAUUGAUUCGAUUUGCAGAGAUUGCAAGCAUCGCAUGCGGCAGCAAGCUGGCGAGAUGGCUGUGUCAGAUGAAGACAAGAGGGCCGCCGUGGCCCUUGCCAACUCAGAUUUGCAGUACGUGCUUCAGGAAGCUGGGGCGGACUUGAGCACCCAGUAUGCCGUGUGCUCCCUGCACACAACGAUCAGACGCUUUCAGGCAAUCGCCGACACUAGGUCAGAGGCGAGGCAGGCCGCAGCGCGGGACUUCGGCUGCUCUUCGGACACAGCUGCAGGUCGGCAGCAACAGGCAGCGGUGGUGGCAGCAUGGGAGCUUGCCAAAGAGGUUUCGGCAAAGGAGGUGGAGCUUCGCGCUGAGUCCAAAGUCCUUGGACAGCCCAGGGUGCUUCAGGUUCAGGAGCGCCAGGCCAUGUUAGCAGCUGUCACAGCGGUUCAUGGUCGCUUGAACGAGGGCGAGACGCCUUCAGCAGAGUACCUUGCUCUCAAGGCCGAGGAGUGCGAGAUUAAUGAGCCGACUGCAUCCCCACUUGAUUGCAUCAGUGCCAAGCGCGACAAUCUUGAGAGCCAGCUUCAAAGCACUGUGGAUGCUCAGGGCCACAUUCGAAUCACAAAGGUUAAGCAUAAGCUUGAGGUGCCGGUCAACAGUGAGCACUACC